CUCAGCUGAGUUGGUUGGGUUGCCUUGGUCAGGAAAUGGCGGAAUGCGCUCACAUGAAUCUGAUAGAUUCAAUUUCUAGACUUGAUUGGCUGGUAGGAAGAGACGUCAGGCAGGUGCAAGAGAUGGCGGGAACAUGUAGACCACACCGAACCCAUUUCACUUGUUUCCCUGGGCGGGCAGCGCCGAGCAGCAGCCAAAAUGUGGUACGGUUUUGUCCUUCUACUUCUUUGGUCAUCAGUAGCAUCAAGUCAGACAGAGGUAAACAGACACAGGCAAGGCCAAAACUCAAGCCACACUGACCACCUGGGUUUGGAUGACCCUAUGCACGUCCAGCAAGCCAUGAGGCAGUGGCUGAAGAAGAGGAUGGUGAAACAUCGAGAAGACAUUAAUCAGGUUUAUCAUACACGCGUUCCUGACCCUCGCAAGAAACGUGCCAUUGGGCUUGGAGCGUCUAUCCCUGCAGAUGAAUCUGACCGCCUGUGGCUGAGACAGGUGGUUGAGCUGAGUCAGUGUCUGGAAUGUGAGGACUACGUCAUGGAUGAUCAACACAGUGUCGUGUCUGGCAUGACAGCCUUCAACUUCUCAGGAGACGUCUACUUGGGGUUUAUCAGGAAUGGUCCAUGGACAAACAGCAAUAUCUACAGAUUUGACACAGAUUUAGAGACCUUCCAUGCACAUGACUCAAUCCUUACCCAUGGUGCACAGGGUGUGGCCACUACCCUCAUCACUGACAUCUCCACUGGAGCACCCCAUGUUCUGAUGGCAGUCUCCAGCAAUAUCACCAACACUGUAGCUGGGUAUUAUGCCCCAAUAGUCACUAUAUAUGGGAAAACCUCACCAUACACAGGAUUUGAGAGGAGACAGUCCAUUAUCAACCCUGAGGGACAGUCUGCCACCAUGUUCCGCUAUGACGACCAUCUGUGGCUGGCAGUAGCUACUUAUGCUGAUCCUGGCAAGCUGGAAGGACACCAGAAAAAAUUUCAGUACAGAUCCAGAAUCUUCCGUUGGGAGCAUGGCCAUUUUGAUGCAAUAUACAGCAUCCAGACAGAGGGAGCAGUGGACAUUGAGCACUUGGAGAUCAAUGGAGAGUCGUACCUUGCUAUAGCAAAUCAUCGCACCUUUGAUACGUUCUGUACCUUGUCUUUCCUGUACAAGCUUGACAGUGAGACAGAUGAGUACGAGUUGUAUCAGAACUUCCACACAUGUGGUGCUUCAGACUUUGAGCACUUUGAGAUGGGUGGGCACCACUACCUUGCUGUUGCCAACCAGUUCAAGGACAUAACACUGACAGCACAUCCACACUCAUCACACGUCUACAGACAGUAUCAGAUUGACUCAGUCAUCUACUGGUGGGCGGGGAGCCAGUUCAUAGAAUGGCAGUUCAUUCCGACCAUCGGCAUCACCCAGUGGGAAUCCCUUCGCCUGCCCAACAAUGAAGUUGUCCUCAUUGCAGCCAAUAGCCAGGGCCCACUGGUGCUGUACCAGUAUGAUGAGUCAGGACAGUUCCUACCUGUUCCACUAGAGGUGGCCCUCCCCACCCAUGUGUCAAUGGUACAGGCCAUGACCAUCCAGCAAAGGUUCUACUUGGUCACUGUCUCCUCCAGGAAUAGCACCAAGUCCAAUGUCUUCAGAUUGGAGUUCUCUGGUCAACAAGAGGAGAAUGCUGAAGAAAAAAUUCUAGACAAAGCAAGAUUGAUGGUGAAGAAACUAUCUGAGAAGACAGAGGAGCUGCAAGGCAGGGUUAAGAAACUGAGGAACCAUUUUGAUAAAAUCAUGACUCUUCCAGAUGAUCAGACUGUGACCGGAAACCAUGAGUAUGAAUAUGUGGAGGUGGAGCAUCUCAUAGUGCAGAACUUGAAGAUUGUUCGGCCUCCAAAGCCAGAGACAGCUACAAAUCUGGGUUCCACCAAACUGGACCUGUCCAGCCUGGAGGAGGGUGUCAGCAGGACUGGGAAGAUGCUUGGAGACAUCCAGGAGAAGAUGAAAGAUGUUGUUAUGAUGACUGAUGGACCCAGCAUCGUCAAAGGUACCAAGACCUUUGCUAAGGAUAUAACUGUUGAAGAGCUCAUUGUUGAAGAGGUGACAACAUCUGGACUUGUGAAUGGGGUGGAUUUUGUGGAGCUGGAUAGAUCAGUGGUGAAGAUGACAGGAGACCAGGAGAUCAGAGGAAACCUGAUCAUCCAUGGUGAUGUCCACGUAGCUGGGGACGUACUGGUCAAUGGAACCACCAAUAAUGCCACACUGGAUGAUCUGGUGCUGAUCCAUGAGAACAGCAAUCUAACAGCAAACUUCACCUUCUCUGGGUCACCAGCAAUCAUUGUGGAUGGCGAUGUUCAAGUCCAAGGAGAAGUCAAUGGCCUGUUGAUACCAGAAGACCUGGUUCUUGUGUAUGGAGAUCAGGAAAUUGCAGGCCUAAAGACCAUCGAUGAACAUGUUACUGUUGAUGGCAAUGUGGAGAUGGGCAUGUACAGAGAAAUAGAUGGGAUAGAUGUGUCAGAAUUUGCCGACCAGGUUGUUCUCCUGAGUGAGAACCAGACCAUCAAUGGCUCACUGAUCUUUGAGGACCUUAUGAUCGACGGUGACCUAAUAACAGAGGGCCUGGUGAACGGAGUAGAACUUGUUGAUUUGGCUGACAAUGCUGUGUACAAGGACACCGAUCAAGUCAUUCAUGGUGUAAAAAUCUUCAAUGGGACUGAAGGCUUGUUGCUGAACAUAACUGGUGACAUGACAGUGGAAGGACGGUUGAAUGGUUAUUUUGUUCCCGAUGACUACAUCACAACAUCUACUGAACAGACUGUGACAGGAUCUCUGACAAUAACAGGAGACCUGCAUGUGACUGGGGACAUUGAGACAGAAGGUGGUCUGGGCUGGACUGAGGAUGGGCAGGUGACCUGGAUUGACUUUUCGGAGGAUUCAGUUCUGGUGUAUGGUGACCAGAAUAUAACAGGACAUAAGACUUUCACAAACAGCAUAGGCAUUGAAGGGGACAUGGACAUGUCUGAAGAUGUAACCAUAGAAGGAGUAGAUGUUUCUGAACUUGACGAGAAGUCAGCCAAGAAGAAUGAAGCAACCAUCAUCGAGGACUUUGUAACUUUCCAAAACGAUGUGAAUGCCACUGAUGUGAUUCUAAACAGCACGUUGAAUGAUAUUGAUGUCAGUGAGUUUGCCGAACAAGUCUUUACCAAGUCAGGCAACCAAACAAUCCUUACAAAGAUGACAUUCAAGAACCUGACUUUGGGGGAUGUUGACAUCUCGGGGCUGCUGGACGGUGAAGAGGUUCCUGGGAACUUGGUAACCACGGCAACAGAACAGGUGAUCAGCGGGAGCUGGGCGGUGGAAGGUGACGUGGACAUCGCAGGAGAUCUGAUGGUGGCUGAGGGGGUGACUGUGGGAGGGCUGGACUAUUCUGAGGUGGACAGGACUGUGGUAAAGGUCCACGGCAACCAGACCAUCACUGGACCAGUGCAGUUUGCUGGGAAUGUCACAUUCUGCGACAUAGAACUACAGGGACUGCUGAAUGGACUAAGUAUACCCGAGGACCUAGUGUUGAAAUAUGGAGACCAGAACAUAACAGGACGCAAGAUCUUCUUGGACGAUGUGUACGUGAUGGGCGACCUGUACGCUGAAGAGGUCAGCACUGGGGACAGACGUCUCAAUGACAUCGACAUCGUGCAGCUGGCUGAGAACGCUGUCAUGCUGGAGGGAGACCAGAACAUCGCAGGACGGAAUACCUUUCUUUCUGACAUAGAAGUACUGGGAGACCUGACUGUGGAGGGACUGGUGAAUGGUGUGGAUCUGGCAGACUUAGCAGACUCUGUGGUUACACUCUCUACUGACCAAGUCCUGGAGGGGGAUUUUAUAUUCAUGGAUGAUGUUGAGUUUCUCGGUGAGGAUGUGGAGAUAAGUAACACUGUGAAUGGAGUGGACUUGUCCCAGUUUGCUGAGGAAGUUGUACGCAUGUCAGAUGAAGUCAUCACAGGCACCAAAACAUUCUCUGGUGAUGUGAUGAUUAUUGGCCAUCUUGAGGUGGAGGAGGUGAAUGGAGUUGACAUCUCAGACCUUGCCAACACUGUCCUGUACAAGUCCAAACCGCAGAUCCUGACUGGACACAAAAUAUUCAGCGACAACUUCACAUGUGAUAACCUGGACCUUGUUGGAGAUGGCCUGAUAGAUGGUGUGGACUUGUCUGAGGCCCUCACCCUGUCAGGGAACCACACUGUCUAUGGUGAUGUCACCUUCAACAAUACAGUCUACAUUAACAGUAGUCUCACUGUUGACGGGCUCAUCGACGGAGUGGACCUUACUGAACUAAAUGCGACAGCUGUACGGUUGGAUGCAGACCAUCAGACAAUCAGCGGCAACAAAACAUUUCAUAACUUGACCAUAUUUGGAGACGUAACUGUUGAUGGGUCAACAGACACCAUUGUAGACUUGAGGGAUUUCUGUCAUUCCCUGAUGACAGGCAAUGCAGACCAAAGGAUAGAUGGCAAGAUUGUGAUUGAAGGGGACCUGAACAUUGUCAAUCUACAGGCUAACACAAUCAAUGGAGUGAACAUGCAUGACUUCCUACACAACACCAUGCUGAAGUCAGCCAGACAGACCAUCUUAACCCCCCAGGUCAUCUUCUCACACCCAGAUGGACUGAUAGUGGAGGGAGACCUCUAUGUGGAGGGUGAUGUUGUAGUGAACUCUGGAGGCACCAUAAAUGGUGUGGACAUCUCGGAGCUGUAUACAGACAUGGUCCACCAGGGAUGGGACGAGGACAUCACUGGACACAAAACAUUUGUCAACAACUUAGUUAUCCAUAGUGACGUGACUAUUCCAGGGCUCAUCAAUGGAAUAAACAUCAGCGACGCAGUCCUUCUGCACACUGACCAGAACAUCUCUACCCACGUCACCUUUGAUGGAGACCUGGAAGUGGGUGGCAGCAUUGCUGUGACAGGAUUGGUGGAUGGGGUUGAUGUGUCAGGACUCGCCAGCAGGGUCGUCACGCUGUCCACUGAUCAGGAGAUCUCAGGAGAGGUCACGUUCAAGGACUUACACAUAACUGGUGGCCUGAGAGUUGACCAGACUGUGAAUGGAUUCAAGUUUCCUGAAGAUUUUGUCAAUUUAGGGAAACACCAGACCAUCAAGGGGAAGAAGAUCUUUGUAGGCGACGUCAUCAUCGAGAAAAAUCUACUGACAGAAGAACUAUAUGGCAUUAACUUGGACCGACUGUAUCGAGUUGUUCACAAACACUUCAAAACACUUGGAAAGAUUCAGAGUAACUCAUUUGAUGAGAGCAUAACCUUUGGUGGUAAAGUGUUCAUCCAUGGCAACGUCACCCUGCAUGGCCCAGUGGAGGGACUCGACCUCUCCGCCAUUCCUGCCCUGCCAGACUUCUGCAGCCCUGACCACAGCCAGCUGGGCAGAUUUAGAGACCAGCUUCAAGGCCUCUGCCCUGUCAUCAAUAAUCUGAUCGACAGAACAUCAGACCUUCCUCAGCGCAUUGGGUACUUCAACAUAAUCCAGACCAUCCAAACACCGGGGGUCGUCAAAGGGUCGUUCUUCCAGCCAGACCCAAACGGGGACUCCUGGUUCAUUGUCCUGUCUCCUGUACCCAGUACUGACCCCUGCUCAGCCAGUCUGGGGUACAUCUGUGGAGAAGGUGACCCAUACUGCCAACCUUUCUCUGAUCUCAGCCUACCAACUCACAACCCCAGCAGCAUCGAGUUUUACACAGUGCACGACAUGGCGUUCAUCAUCUGGCUGAACCAGGGUUCUGGGACGAGAGCCUGUCUAGACUUCCUCCCUCCUGAUGUCCUGCACGACGAGGUGUCAAUCAUCAUCAGUCCCAUCACUGACACACCCAUGGUGAUCCCCACCCAGGGAGCCAUGGACCUAGCCAUGUUUGGGACAGCACGGGGAGUGUACCUGGUCGUCGCCAAUAGUUACAACGAGAAGAUACAGUCCAGCAUCACACCGUCAGCUGUAUUCAAGAUGAUAAAGCAGGGAGAUGAGUUUGCCUUUACGUGGGUGCAGUCCCUGCCGACAGUCGGGGCCUCAGCCAUGGACAUCCUCCAGGUGGACAGCACCACCUACCUGUGUGUGGCCAAUCACCACGACUCUGACAGGGACACUGGGGACCUGAUGUCACAAGUCUUUGUGUGGGAUUCUGCUGGUGAACAGUUCCACUUGCUCCAAGAAUUCCACACCUACUAUGCGGUGGACUGUGUUUUGUUCGAGAUCAAUGGGAAGGUAUUUGUUACCUGGGCACAACACAACCCCAAGGAGUCACCUGACAUGAUCUCACCUGUCAUUAUAUACAGGUUUGACAGUUCUGCAGGCCAGUUUGAGGAUGUUAUUCUACAGUCCCUUCAGGUUCCAGGGGCAUAUGAUGUGGAAUUCUUUUCAGCCUAUGGUGACUCGUACCUGUCUGUAGUGGUGUCUGACGGAAGGGUGCGCCUCUUUAAGUGGGCAGGUGUCAAUGCCUUCGCUCAGGAUCCCUUCUACCUGGACCUACAAGGUUUACCCAACAUACUGCAGUUAUCAGAUCGUCCCAGAUCAACAAGAGCGCAAGAUGUUGAGAUUAUGUCCCACCGAGGAGACGUGUUUAUGUUAGUGCCAGCCUAUCUGUCGUCAGAUUCAGGAGGAAACACAGCAGACACCAUCCUCCUGAAGGCUCAUAUUGAGGGGAAGACUGGGUCUGGACUGAGCCACCAUCCUUGUGAGGGUUUAUAACACAUGCUGCUGAUAAAUCAAGUCUAGAUAUGCUGCUGUGUAUUACAUCUGUACAGGCCAUAUCUGUGUUGCAUGGAUGUACAUGUUGGUGAACAAAGGGAAAUCUAUUACAUCUUUAUGAUUCUACAUAUCCUUGUUUAUAUGAACAGUUAAAAGAUUAUUGUUGGAAAAGUACAAAAGAGUCUGAAAGUAUGAGAUUGAAUACAAUAAUGUAGUGUAGUGACAUAAGGAGUAAAAUACAUAUUCUGCUAUGA